AUGUGUUCGAUUCGCAUUCAACAACUGCUUAACAACAACAUAAUCGUUUUUCUUGGAGCACCCCUCUCCGGAAAAGGCACACAAGGUACUCUUCUUGCCAAAUAUCUCGAACGAUCGUACGUAUCGACAGGUGAUCUCUUCCGCAAUGAAGUGGCUAGUAAUAGUGCACUCGGUCAACAGAUGAAAGCCUAUAUGGAUGCAGGUGAAUUGAUUCCAAAUGAACUUACGACGAAUUUUCUCACAAGUAAAUUUCAUGAGCCAAUCUAUCAGAAAGGUAUGAUUGUAGACGGUUAUCCGCGAAAUCCGUCGCAUCUGAGUAUUCUGGAAGAUAUUUUAUUGAAUUUGGAUCGAGAAAUAUUUGUAGCCAUUUAUCUUGAUGUGCCAAAGUGUGAACUUGAUGAACGACGAAAACGUCGUGGUCGUCCCGACGACAAAGCUGAUAUAGGUGAACAUCGUUACAUUGUCUUUCAACAAGAAACGCUUCCCCUCGUUGAUUUGCUCGAAUCACGAAAUUUACUAGUUCGAAUCACUUGUACCAAUCAAUCACCCGAUGACAUUCAUCAAGAGAUUCUCUCUCGAUUGAUUGCUUUUGAACAGCAGAAAUUAAAUUAUUUGAGUCCUUAUCAAUGGCUAGAAGUCAACUUAGCAAUGACGAACGAUGCCGACAGAGCAAAAGUUAUCAAUGAAUUUCGACAACGUGCACUGGAUGAAAACGAAAAACAAGGUCGGCGUACUGGUAUUACGCGACGAGUGGUAUAUUUGCGCACAGGUAAUCUACGAAAAUAUCAAGAACAUGUUGAAAUUUUCGAAAAGUUCUAUGGUAUUGAAGUUAUUCGCGUACCGCCAACAUUCAUUGAUAGUUCGGAUGAUUCCAAUAUAGAUCUUCUAUUUCGUGAAAAGAUUCCGAAUCUUGUUCAACUUGCGUUAAUUACAGAACGAAGUAAUCUCUAUCGACCAGGUACAAAUGAAUUGAGUAGUCUACGACAUGGCGUUCGAGCUGUUAAUCAAGCAACUUUAACUGCUGUUUGGUUUGACACUACAACUAGUGAAAAGAUGCAAGCACAUUUCAGUCAUUCGAUCAGUGGUAGAAUCGAUUUAUCACGGCGACAUUUAUCUGUCGGGAUAGAUCCGUCUGUUUUCGGCUGGGAUGAUAUUUUCAUUGUUGAUGCUAGUGGUAUGAGCUAUCAGGAGUUGAUGGAAGCAGGAAUCAAACAUUCUGCUCGUGAUAUGGUCAUAUCCGCUUUUAUCAAACAACGCAUUCAUUAUAAAGCCUUACUCAGCUUAAAAUUUGAUCCACCAUCAAAAGCAAAACGACCAAUUGAUUUUUCACUUGACGUUGCUGAUCAUGUCGCCGUCAAUUCCACAUACAAUAAUCCGAGAGUUAUUGAUUAUGGCUUUCUUAACUUGAUCACACAUGUCUUAAACAAAGGUAUUUUCUUUCGUUCGGCUAGCAAUCGACGACAAGUCAAUUAUUGGAGUCCGGGCUUAAACGGUGGUUUACCGUUGACUGCAAAAGAUGAUGCGAUUCAUGAAGAUACUUUUAUGGCACAUGAUUUCGGUCAUUUUGCUAUUCCAGAUCUAGUCUUUAUCGGCACUAAUUCUAUCCUUCAUCGACGUGCCUAUAUUGCCUGGCGAAUGAUAAGUGAAGCAACGACGAUGGCACUUGCUGAUAUGUUACUAAUUGAUGCAUUGGCCAAAUCAGGUGUUGAGUAUGACUUUAACAAGCGACGUAUCUAUCCAUUGUUUUGUGAUUUAAAUAUCGAUUUAAUGGAUUCAAAUCAUCGAAUGGAUAAUUUAAAACGACUGAUUCAAGCAAAUUAUAGAUAUUGUCUCCGUGGAGAUGACUCAAUUUACGUGCGUAUGCUUCCACAAGGAGAAAAUACACCAUCAUUGGUUGAAUUUAAGAAAAAGUUCGCGCCAUUCUUUGUUGAAGAUUACCGUUGGACUGAGCACAACUAUGAGAAUAUGGUUACACGAUCGGAAGAAUUAGCUCGAUGGUGGUCAGAUGUCGAACCAUUGCGUACGCUUGAGCAUGCUGAAAAAAUCGAAUCGAUUGAUUCGUUUAUUGCUCAAGUUCGAGAGACACACGCAUAUGCUCUCAAUGGUGAUAUCAAUGAUUUUAUAGAUGCAGUAUUUGAUGUGGUCUACGACAAGAAAGUACGUCCCGUUCUAAACGUACAAGCACCAAUUCUACUGGAUGCGCCAAAACGAUUGUACAAAGCAUUUACAAAAUGGAUUACGGCUCAGUUGGCUAUUACUUCGAAAUUUCACUUUCUGUCUGAAUCUGUUCAUGUUCGUCAAGAAAUUAUUUCCUAUAUGUUAAAUUUAUCUGAUGGAUGUAUGACAAUGGAUGACGUAAAUACUAUUCGCUCUAUAUUUGAACGAUACCUUCGGUGCCUGGCAGAAAAGAGUCUUAUCUCACUCGACGAUGAAAUUACCUAUGCUGAGCUCUAUCCUUUAUUUGAUCCAUUCUAUGUUAACUACGAUAAAGCUUCAGCGCAGUACGAAGAACUGACAACAAUAUCCACUCGAAUUUUCAGUCUAGAAGACUAUCGUAGCAAACAGUUGGCACAAAUAGCCAAACAUUUGAGCCGUCAGUUAACAUCAAAUGAAACACUGUACACCUCGACGAUGUUGGAAAUGAUCGAAGCAGGUGAUGGACAAAUUCUUGACGGAAUAUUUGUUACACAUCCUGGCGUAAUGAUUCUUUCACAAAGUGCCCUUAUUCAUCCAUUGGGAACGGUCACAUUUCUUCUGAGUGGUAUAUCGAUUGAGACGUCGUUAGAAUUUGUUGCGCAUCACGAAGCAAAAGUGGCACGUUUAACAUCCAGUAAAACGAAUGCCAUGAAUAUUCCACUGUUACGAGUUCAAGGAGAAGAUACCGGUCAACAACGUCUCUUUCUUUCUUCAACAAUUGCAGCACGUACACGUUUCGAGCUGUUAAAUGAACCACGACGCAGAUGGGGCGAACAUGGAAAUGAAAUCUUUAACAUAACGCACCCAGCUUGUAAGGUGACAGCUAUUUGUUAUACAAUGACUCUCGCAGAUUUUCAUAAACUUUUUAUCGGUCGAAUGACUCAAUCUGGCAAUGAACAAGAAGUUAUUCAUGUCGCCCAACGUAUGGCAACUUUAUUGCAUGCGCUGUAUCCAACGUUAAUUCAAUCUGUCGAUUAUUAUAAAACUUGUGGGAACAAAGCUAAAUAUAUGUCGAAGACAUCAACACUGUCAUCCUUGUCCGACGACACUGUCUGCGAUUCGAUUACCCUGGUAGCUAAAACGAGAUUAACCAAAGCUGCCAAUCAACUGUUGACCAAACUAAAUAUUCCGUCGAAUGAUGAUUGGCAACGUCUAGCAGAAUUUCGAUCUCGUAUAACAUACCUGUCAUUCCCAAAGUCUUCGCCUAAGAAAGAUGACAAAAAUACGUAUCUCGACAAAAUAAUUCAUCAGCAUGGUCACCUAUCGGUACUUGAUGCUUGUCAAGUAGUAUUAAAAUUGCCAGAGCACUGUAUGAAAUCUAAUGACAACACAGAUUCCAUAUGGAAAUCAUUCACCUUCGAGUACGUGGCACACGGAAUAUUACUGUUUGCAACUUUGAAACAAAUUCACCAAGCUCUUCUGACAUUCUCUCCGAUCGACGAAAACAAUCGAGACUUGAUUUUUCUCAAAACUCUCGUUCAAUAA